AUGCAAGCCUUCUAUGGUUGCUAUCUGCUCCAGUCUCUGAGCAACAAUCGAAGGACCUACAUUGGCUUCACCAUGGAUCCAAGUCGACGGCUGCGACAACACAAUGGAGAGAUCACUGCCGGGGCAAAUAGGACCAAGCGAUGGAGACCAUGGCAGAUGAUUCUCUGUGUUUGGGGCUUCCCCAGCAAGGUCCUGGCUUUGCAGUUUGAGUUUGCCUGGCAACACCCCAAUGUUUGCCGAAAUGUUCGAGACAAAGUCGAGCACCUUGAGUUUUGCCAAAUGAGCCGGAAUGGCCGACAGCGCCCUGUGUUUGGCGUGAUGCAAAACCUCCAGGUGUUAAUUGAGAUGCUGAAAACGACUCCCUACAGUCGCUUGCCCUUGCGACUUCACUUCCUGGAUCAAGGAGUUCGUGCUGCGCUGCCAAAGAUGCCUGCGGCACAGGCUCUGCCCACCCAUCUGAACAUCAGCCACGGCACUUUCGAUGACCUGGAGCGGCAGUGUCAUGAAGCCAUGAUGGUGAUUCCGGUGACAAGUUCUGUGUGUGCAAAAUGCUCAGAGACUUGGAAACCUGGAGAUCGCCUGGUGAGCUGUCCUCAUUGUGAAUGCCCACUCCACGUGGUUUGCGCUGCUACACUUUGUUCAAAAUCCACCAACACCAAGAAGUUGAUGCCAGAUGAACCUGCUGAGUGUCCAAAAUGUACCCGCAGCAGCGAGUGGAUGGUCCUGGUGCGCAGUCAUCGGACCUUGCCAAACUCUCCGGAGAUGCCUCAAGACAUGCCGGUGCUGCCAGUAGAAGCCGUUAAGGAAGAUGACAGAGAGUCCGGCUCGGAAGCAGAGGACACUGAUGAUGAGAAUGACGUGCAGAUCGUCUCCCAAGAUUUCCCGUUGAGUCAAUCCAGCGAUGCCAGCGGAAUGGGACGCGAUGCCAAGAGGAAGGAACCACCUUCGACAUCACUGCUGGGCACUGAAAGCCAAUGCUCCGGUCGUCCAGCCAUGCGCGAGCGCUUGGCGGCCAAACUUGGGCAUCUUGGGCCUUUGGCCAUGCCUAGCUGCCAACUUGUGAUGGUUGGCAGCACCCCAGAGUGGUUGCUUGAGAAGAAAUGGAGGCUUGCAGAACCUUCAGCUACCUGCAGCCAGUCACUGGAUGAAAAGAUCGAAGAGCCGCAUGUUACUCUUCUGUUCUUUGGUGGUCGGGAUGAAAAGAAGGCAGCUCAAAAAGCUGGCAGAUCCUUGGCAGAGUUUGCAGACAUGAACUCUACCCUAUCAGCUCGUGAGGGUGAACUUGUCAGCUUUACAGCCCACACGGUCUUCGUGCACCCUGAGGUUGUUUUUGUCACUGUCUCUCUGCCAAGUGAUUUGCCAUGCAACAAUCAGCAGCCUUAUGUGAAGCUUCGAGCUUCUUCCAGUGCGGAUGGGUCGAUUGUUCGCAGCAUUUUGGAACGGGGGCUUUUUGUGAAAGGGAUCCCCCUUCCAGAGUCAGUCCUUUUGAGUGGAAGGAUCGAAAUGGAGACGGGUGAACCUUUGCCUGGUGCCCGGCAAUGCCGCCCACCUCGACUUGCAGAUGAGAGCCAAGGUGCAUGGGUCCAUGUGAAGAAGCACAACUCCAUGUGCUGUGCAGUCAUUCGCUUUCCAAGCUCGGAGAUCAGGGAUGCUGUUCUGGACCAAGCUCGUGCCGCUGCAUUCCAGUUUGCUCAGUAUCCUGGCAUCUCCUUUGACAUGAGACCCCACAAAGAGAAGCUGGAUGACGGAGCCAGGGAGGUUCUCGAUGCAUUGUUCAUUGCAUGGAAAACACCAGAUGGCCGUGGCUAUGGUGGCCGUGGCUAUGAUGCAUCCAUCAGCGCUACCGACUUACAACUGCUGUUUGACUCAGCCACUGCACCUUUGAUGGCUACCUGCCGGCGUGGUGAAGCAGAUGUUGCUGACGGCCUGCUUCGCAGCAAGACCGUUGCUGGUGCACAAAGUGGGACAGGCUCCAGCAGUGAUGAGGUGGUGGUUGUGAGGCUGACUCGCAUGGCACGCUCUCCUCACGUCACAAACCUCCUGUUGCAGUCCCCCGUUCUUGAGCCCUGCCGGCUUCGCGUGCGACAGGCGGGAUGUGACAUCAUGCCACCUUGGGCGGCCGGAGCAAAGAUUUUUGUUCCAUCAAUCCCCAGGAGGUGGCCGAGGCUGGUGUCAAGCUCCAGGACCAUCAUUUGAUCCUGUACCGCAGUGAUGUUCAUCUUCAGGAGGUUCUUGCCGAGAUGCCAUGCCGCCAGCGACCAAAGAUCUCACAUGAGGACAUGGGCAGGCGAAGAAAUCGCCAAACUCAUGAUGAGGAUCAUGAGGAGCCAGUGUUUGUCGUGGUGUGCAACUUGCGCACCAAUUCAAGCCUUGGGCCAAAUUCAAGCUGCGGGCUUUGAUGGAGCCUUGAAAUCCCUUGGAGCAGCAGCAUUUGUUUGUAGAGUUGUAUAGCAUUAGAAUUAGGGGCAUUUGCGGGAAAAUCCUUUUGUCGGUCUUUGGCCCACAACUGGAUCUUCCCUAUGUGACCAUGGUGCCUCCCAUAUGCCUAAAGCUGAGCGAGUGUCCUGCAUGUUGCCACUCCAUCAAAGGAAAAGAUAUUCCCACAGAAUCAUCAUUGGUGAUGACAUGGGAAUGUUCACGGAUGUCUUGAAGUUCCAGGUAGAAUUCCCCAGCUUAACGGGUCAAUUGCAGUUUGACU